CUGCAUUAUACUUCUAUAGGUCAGGCUGAUACUGCUAGGCUGCACCCUGAGCCCUGACAGAAGGAGAGAGAACCAUGUCUCUGCUAAUUACAGCACGGAUACAGAGAGCUAUCUCCCCCUGCCUAUAUCAUACACGGAGCUGCCGACUGUACAGCGUAACCCCACAGCUGGUAGAUGAUUUGCGGGCAGUGGCCGGAGACAGCAAUGUGUCCACAGCAAUGAUUGUCCGAGAGCAGCACGGGAGGGAUGAGUCGAUGCACAGCUGUCCGCCUCCUGAUGUUGUGGUUUGGCCGCGGGAGGUGGAGCAUGUCAGCAAGAUGGCGGCACUCUGUUACACACACAACGUUCCCAUCAUUCCGUUUGGCACAGGGACAGGGUUGGAAGGAGGAGUCAGUGCGCUAAGGGGAGGGGUGUGCUUCAAUAUGACACGAAUGGACAGGAUCCUAAAUCUCAGGAAUGAGGACUUCUAUGUAACCGUAGAACCAGGCGUCACCCGAAAAUCUCUCAAUGCAUAUCUCCGUGACAGUGGUCUCUGGUUCCCU